UAAAUGAAAAUGAGAUUUUUUGUUUUGUCAACUAAAUGAAAUAAGUUGAAGUAUUCUGAAAUAAAAGUAAAUAAAGCUAAAUAGAAAUGUCAAAAUAAAAAAUAUUAAUCAAAAUGAUUAAAACUUGAAAAAGGAAAACUUCAAUAACACUGGUCGACAAACGUCCUAUUUCAAAAUGAGACUUUCUUAAUUUUUUUAUCCUUUUUCCCCCUUCAUUUUUCUUUUACACUGAGGUGGAAACGAGCUUCCAUAAGAUGAACAAUUAUAGGUUUAAAAAAAAAAAAAAAAAAAAAAGGAAAACAGUAAAUUACUCUGGUUAACAUUGUUGGGUUCUUAUUAAAUUCUCAUCUUAACAACCACUCCCACUGUGCAUUAAGAUGAUAAGCUGAAAUACAAACUGCUAGGUCAGGGGUACAGAAUAAACCGGUUUCCUUUCUUUAUGCUUUGCAAUAGGCAGAUUCCCCAUCUUAUGCAAUUCCGAUGGAACGAGCUGCUACACAUCGUCUCACCUGAGCUUCACAAUCAAACUCCUAGAGUUGCACCACAGGCUGAUUACAACAUAACGAAACAACAGUGCUUCAGUUUGUGAAUCCUGGGAAACGAGCUUUUCCUGUUGACACUUGGGCAAAAACGUUCUCAAUGACCACCUGCAGGUCCUUUUGAGAGUAUUCAAGUAUAAACAGGAUGGUUUAUUCUUCCGGUGUGGGCACUGAUUCCAUAAAGAUAAAUCACAUUGGGAUCAUGUCACUUCACUGCCGUAAACAGGAAAUGUACACAUCGACUAUCAUAGCGGCUUUUGUUUUAGUGGCUCAUAAAACUCAGUCUGCAUCCGAAAUUGCAUACUUCCUUACUUUAUAGUAAGUGAAAAACAGUAUGACAAAAGAAGUAUGUCCUAAUUCACACCCUGCCUCCCAAUGUGCAUACUAUCCACCCUAAAUAGCAUUGAGUAUUACUAAUGUCACAUACUAUUAGGAUGGAUAGUAUGCACAUUGAGGCGCAGGCACAGUACCAAAGACUAUCCAGCUUAUUCCUACACCCCAUGACGCUUUGCGCGAAUUAUGGGUGCAACUUCCGUUAAGCUGUAAACAGUCAGUGAAAGGCUGCAGACUGCAGACUACAUACUCUAUGAAGCUCUAUGAACGCAAUAAUACGUUUUUUUUAACAAUGAGAUGACCUUAUUCUACUCACCCUUCAACCAACAAACAUUAAAAGGACAUUUAAAAGUGUAAAAGCAUCAACAAGGUACUUUCAACAGGCCAUGAAAAAGCGAGAUUCUUUCCGCAGCAAUAACGGACAGGUUAAAUAUAACUAUGAUAUCUGUAUUAUGUAAUAUACGUUGCCUUAAUAAAAAAAUGUUCAUGAACUUCAGCAUUGCGUAAUACUAUUUCAAAGUGAUUUCCAUCAUUUUUACAGAUAAUAAAUUGUAUUUACCUGUGAAAACAAACCUGGAAAGAGACGUGAGGUUUUGAGGAGAAAAACGAGAGAUUCUUCGUGCAUUCCAGUGAAUUAUUAAUGGGAUAUAUCGUAAAUUAUAUCGGGAGAACAGACCACAAAUGUGCAGUAUAUGUUGUCCUUUUUCAUACUAUUACAGCGGUAAUGGGAGAAAGUGCAAAGCGCAAUAUGGCGGAAUAAGUCCCGCCUUCUAAAUAAGAGCCAAUCGCCGAUUGGUAAAGUCAUCGUGUCACUGCAGCGGCCGGUUCCUAUAGAAACAGUCGGACGCGCGCCUCAGAAAUGAAGCACAAGAGACGCGUAUGUAGGACUGCGCAUGCGCAUUAGCUGGAUCCGGCCUGAAAAAUAUCAUUUUUUGUUGUGAUUCGAGCGUUUAGAAACAAAAUUAAUGAGACAGUUGUUGUCAGAUUUCAUUCGUGACUUCAAAUAUGAAAUGUAAUCGAAAGCUUGACAAACAAUUUUGGUUUCCCCAUUUAAAGAGAUAGGAGCUGCACUUGAAUGCCCGAGAGGCGUUUCAAAGAUGGCCGCCGAGUGAAAUGAUUUGUCUUAAAGGGACUUUGACAGUACUCAUAAAGGAGUAGGCAAAAAGUACCCGGAUGACCUACUACUUCCAGUGAGAUUCUGAAGUCUGCAUAGAUGGACACUUUACUAUCCCAUGAGGCCACGGGAGAGGGUUUGUGAAUGGCAGUGAAGUGACUUAACUGACACUGGUAAGUCACAUGAUAAUGAUAACAUGGUUAAUGUAGUAUGUCCAAAUUAAAUUCAUACUACACACAUUCAUACUAUUUAGAAUAUACUUUUUUAGCAGUCGUUAAUUACUUAUUCAAAAUAAAUACCUACUUAAGAGUGUAUGCAAUUUCAGACUCCGUAAGAUUCCAGAUUUCUUGUGGAGACACGGCUAUGAGAUGCGACAAAAAAUCAAUAAAAAAUCACAGCCAAUCAGAAGAGCUUGUGGGUGGAGCUCUCUCAGCAAACGCACUGCACUACGAAAUGGAUAAAGGUACGUUCACGCCAUGUUGUAAUUACCGUAAUUAUGAGGUUUCAACUUCUAAAAAGCAUUCACUUCCUAGUAGAGCUCGUAAUUAUAGCUUGAAAGAAAUUUCUGAGAGCUCCUACUUGUACGACAUGACUGCUACAGAUUAAUUUAGGUGUUGAUAGUGUUACCAUAGAAAUUCAUAAUUCUCAGUCCGAGGACGUGAACAGCUUUUCAACGUCACGUGUUGUCAUCUCUAGACUAUGCGGUAAUUACGACAUGGUGUGAACGCAGCAUAAUAGCCUAAUCAAAUUUAUAAAUAUUAUACUAUUUUAGCAUUACAAAAAUACUGACUGAAUAAUCUUUGUCAUAGAAUGCACUUGUUUGUUUACAUUGAGUUCACAGUUUUAACGUUCAUGCUUGCUUCAAUUUAUUUUUGAAAUGUCGCUUUCAGUAGAUGGCUACAAAGGUCAAGCCAAAUAAUAUUCAAACUCACAUUAGACAUUUUUAAACCAAAUAAAGCACAUAAUCCCUGGCUAGAUUAUCAUUGGUAAAGGUCUAGUGUGAUGUCUCUGAGUUCCCAAAAAUUAUAAACUGUAGAUUCCUUGAAGAAAAAGGAUUGUAAAAGCACUGAAAUGUAUGAGCAUUUUACCUUUCAAGAUUUCAUUCAAACGUGUCAUCUCUGAUAUUUGAAUGCAUCAUCUCAAAAAAUUGUUUGCAUUUUCAAUCUUAAAGAAAAAGUUCACCCAAAAAUUAAAAAUCUAUUAUUAACUAACUAAAAAUAAGUAGGCUAGAUUUUUAGCAUGUUUUGAACUUUUGCUUGCUUGUUGAAAACUGCACCAUGCACUAGACUAAUAUGUCCCAUAUUUGCAUAAUGAUCCCAACAUAUCCCAUAUAUAUUUUUAUAUUUUUUAUAUAAAUAAUAAUACCAAUAAUAAUAAUAAUUAUUAUUAUUAUUUACAUCAUUUACGUUCAAAUAUUUGGAAAAGUUAUUCAAAUCUUUAAAAUGGUGUAUAUAAAAUACUGUUAAAAUGUUUGGGGUUGAUACAUUUUUAAAAAUAUUUUUAAAAUAAGUCUUUUAUUCUCACCAAGGCUGCAUUUAUUUAAUCAAAAAUACAUUAAUACACAAUACACAAAAUAUUGUGAAAUAUUAUUAGAAUUUAAAAUAACUGUUUUCUAUUUAAAGAUAUUUUAAGAUGUAAUUUAUUCCUGUGAUGCAAAGCUCAAUUUUCAGCAUCAUUACUCCAGUCUUCAGUGUCACAUGAUCCUUCAGAAAUCAGUAUAAUAUGACGAUUUGCUGCUCAAGAAACAUUAUUAUUAUCACUGUUGAAAUCAGUUAUGCUGCUUAAUAUUUUUGUGGAAACCAUAAUACUAUUUUUUCAGGAUUCUUUAAUGAAUAGAAUUUUAAAAAAGUACAAGCAAAUAAAAGUAUAAAAGUCUUUACUGUCACUUUUGAUGAAUUUAAUGGGUCCUUGUUGAAUAAAAAUAUUGCUUUUGACAACAGUCUAUUCUAUCUUUUUCUAACUUUUUUGUUUCUCGAUUGUAAACUCUAUCCCCUAAAGGUCACAAAUUCUGAAAAUCUGUUUGUAUUUUAACUGCACUAUUUAAAUAAAAACAAAUGGGAGGGGAGUGAAUUUGCUUUAAAUUUACAUCCCACCAUCUGAUAUUCACACAGUGUAACAGUAUCGGACUUCAUGUCAAAUAAUAAGUUGCUGUUGUUGUAUAGUUUUUUGCAUGUGUGCUGACAACAUAACCUAAACUGUAAGUGGAGGCUGAAGGUGAGUUGGAUCUCCUUGGGAGAGUGUUUAUGAUUAGUGUGAGCUCUCCGACUGAUUGAAUAAUUAGGGGCUAUUGAGGCUACAAGAAAAGAAAGAAACAGAAAUAGAGGACAAGAGGCAGCCCCUUCUUGCCAAGUCAGUCCACACAGUGCAUCCAAACUGACAAGCAAGACAAUAUGGGUCUGUGGGAAACCUGCGCUGUCCUUUUCCUUAUGAAUCUGACUGUUGAAGGAUGGCAUGACCUGGACAACACUGAAUAUGACUGCUGGCCCAUAGUUGAACCAAAUGAUUACAACAUGAUUAGCUGUGGCGGCUUAGAAAUGGCUUGGGUUCAACGUCCACCAGAAAAGGUCACAGAUGGGGAGGAGUUCAACGUUACCUAUUCUGUCACUGCCACAGAUUCCUUUUAUGAAUAUGCGGUUAAAAACAAGAUUUUCCAGUUCAGUAAUGCUUCAGAGGCCAAAAGAUUCUGCCUUGAGCAUGAAUGUCCCUCGAACUGGAACAACGCCAAUGAAGACAACUGCUGCGUGUAUCAUGCUAACAUUCACUCCUGUCCUCUUGCGCUCAUGAGAGGCGGAGGGAUUUGUGGUCCCUGGAUUCCAGACGAUGGCGAAAUUGUAACCCACACAGUAUCUAAAGCUGGCAAGAUGAGCCAACUGCUCUGGACGUCAAAGGUGGUGCUGGUUCAUUUAGGAGUUACAUCGGUCAUUGCUCAUAUCAAAGUGGGACAGAUGCAUGCAGCACUAGAGUCCAAGGUGCUAGUAGUCAGCGCUCAAGUGUGUGGAGACGGCACCUGUGAGCUGGAGGAGAGCUGUCUGACAUGUCCCGCUGACUGUGGGGUUUGUCCUAUGCCUACAUCCAUCAAAGUGGCCAUUGGGCUUCCUGUUGCCUUGUUCUGCAGUGGCUUCUUCUUAACAUUGGUGUGGCUGCAGUACCAAAAACAGAAAAUGUUUUGGGAUGAGAGCUGGAUUGUCAACUACAAUAAUAUCAUACUUGGUAAAGUGUCCUACACAGGUUUUUGUAGCACCACAAGUCUUCAGACAGUAAAGAGGAACUCCAGUGUGAGUAGAGUUACAGAUGUGACAGUCUGCACUGCAGUGAACACCAUCUUCAAAUCACGCUUCAUUCAGGCCGGCAUCUAUGAUGGAAGGACUGUAGCUGUAAAACACAUCCAAAAGAAACACUUCACCCUGACUAAAACAAUCAGAAAAGAAGUCAAAGAGGUCAGGGAGCUUGAUCACCCAAACAUCUCCAAGUUCAUUGGAGGCUGCACUGAAGUUCCUUUCGUGAGCAUUAUCACAGAGUACUGUCCAAAGGGAAGCCUGGCAGAUGUGCUGUUGAAUGAGGACAUCCCCAUUAACUGGGGUUUUCGAUUGUCUUUUGCUACUGAUAUUGCCCGAGGGAUGGCUUACCUGCACCAGCACAAAAUGUUCCACGGCCGCCUUCAUUCACGUAACUGUGUGAUUGAUGACCGAUGGGUCUGCAAAAUAUCAGAUUACGGGCUGAUGGCCUACAGAAAGGAGGACUUUGAGGACAUGAGCACCAAUUUCCAAUGUCAAAACAUCUAUCACAUUUACUGUGCCCCUGAAGUUCUUUUGAGAGUCAGCACUAGUUUCACAGCCGCAGCUGAUGUGUACAGCUACUCUAUUAUCUUGGUGGAAAUCGCCACUCGCAGUGACCUAAUUUCACAGGAACAGGCAGAUUCAGUGAAGCUUGAUGUCAUGUGGCGCCCAGCACUUCCCAAACUGGAGGCUGGGAAAUCAGACAAUGACUGCCCAGAUCCAGAUGAUUACUGUGAGCUGAUAAAGAGAUGCUGGUCCCACAAUGUCACCAUGAGGCCGACGUUUGAGCAGGUGAAAAAGACGCUUGAUAAAAUGAACCCGCACAAGGUCAGCCCUGUGGAUAUGAUGAUGAACCUGAUGGAAAAGUACAGCAAACAUUUGGAAACCAUUGUAGCCGAAAGAACACAGGAUCUUCUUCAGGAGAAGCAGAAGACUGACCGUUUACUCUACAGCAUGUUACCAAAACCAGUAGCCGAUGAUCUUCGUCAGGGACGCACAGCAGAGGCCCAGAGUUACUCCAACGCCACUGUAUAUUUCAGUGACAUAGUGGGCUUCACCCAACUCUCGGGCUCCAGCACUCCUCACCAGGUUGUGGAUUUCCUCAACAAGCUUUACACCACAUUUGAUGACAUCAUCGACAACUAUGAUGUGUACAAAGUGGAAACUAUAGGAGAUGCUUAUAUGGUAGUCUCAGGAGUACCGAAAGAGAACGGGAUCAAUCACGCUGGUGAAAUUGCCAGCAUGGCGCUGGACUUGGUCAGUGUCUGUCACGCGUUUAAAAUCCCACACAAGCCCACCACACAGCUGAAGAUACGGGCUGGCAUUCACUCAGGCCCCGUUGUAGCUGGGGUGGUUGGCACCAAAAUGCCACGAUACUGCUUAUUUGGUGACACUGUAAACACUGCGUCCCGUAUGGAGUCCACCAGUGAAGCUUUAAAGAUCCAGUGCAGUGGCUCUACAGCAGACCUUCUACACACACUUGGUGGAUACAUGUUGAUGUGUCGUGGGUCUCUCAAUGUGAAGGGCAAAGGCGAAAUGACUACUUGGUGGCUGGAGUCCAAAAGAGACCCUUUGUCCCAGGAAGGCGAACCUUUGGGUCUUCCUAUUCCUGUUAGCAAUUAACUUAUGUGCUGCAGUCAUAUAUAAGCACAGUCAUGGCAGAAACUUUAACAAAUAAAUGUUUAGCAGAUAUGCAAACUUAUUUUAUUGAAGUGUAUAUGUAUGUGCUAAGAUUGCUGUUAUUCUGACAUAUUUCUGCUGUCAUUGUGUAUGAUAAAGAUAUAGUAAAACGUCAGUGUUAAAUGUUUUGAAAAAAUCCUCUCAAAUGAAGGGCAAAUGUGUCUGUAGGGACAACGUUUCAUUAAAUAUUUGUGGUUAUUUUAUCUUCAUCAUCAGUGCAUAAUUUGUAUUUGAAAAUAGAUAUGCUGAAAUAAAAUGUGCGGUCAAAAAUGUUA